CUCUUCCUCCGUAUGUUGCUAAGCGCACUCGGGUUGUAUCGUUUGUCUAAUUUUGCCUUUUUGUCGCUAAUUACUCGUUAUCUUUAACUCCAUCAUCAUCAUGGUCGUCGUUGUUGACCGGGAUGUGUUGUUUUUGAAGAGGUGCAGUCAACAAAACGUGGGGACCCAAGUGAGCUGAAAGGAAUUUUCCAGAGGUACGCCACCAUAGUAGACAAGGAUGGAGAGAAGUUUAUGACCCCCGGAGACUUUGUCCAGGGCUAUCUGGGAUUACACACUCAGAUCCACCACAACCCCAAAACUGUACAACUCAUUGCUGCUGUAGCGGACACCACAAAGGACGGGCUCAUCUCUUUCCAGGAGUUCCUUGCAUUCGAGUCGGUGUUGUGUGCACCUGAUGCUCUCUUCAUCGUUGCCUUCCAGCUUUUUGACAAGAACGGAACAGGCUCCGUUUCCUUUGAAAAUGUGCGAGACAUUUUCAGCCAGACCACUGUACACCAUCAUAUCCCCUUCAACUGGGACUGCGAGUUCAUCCGCCUGCACUUUGGGCACGACCGCAAGAAAUGCCUCAGCUAUCUUGAGUUCACCCAGUUCCUGCAGGAGUUGCAGCUGGAGCACGCACGCCAGGCAUUUGCUCAAAAGGACAAAGGAAAGAAUGGGGUCAUUUCUGCCAUGGACUUCAGCGACAUCAUGGCCACCAUCAGACACCACAUACUCACACCUUUUGUGGAGGAAAACCUUGUUUCUGCUGCAGGAGGCAGCACCUCCCACAUGGUCAGUUUCUCCUAUUUUAAUGCUUUUAACUCCCUUCUUAAUAACAUGGAGCUGAUCCGUAAGAUCUACAGCACUCUGGCUGGCACACGGAAGGACACACUGGUGACCAAAGAGGAGUUUGUUCACGCUGCUAACAAGUUUGGUCAAAUCACUCCAAUGGAAAUUGACAUCUUGUACCAGUUGUCAGGCCUUCACUCCCCCUCUGGGCGCCUGAACCUGUCUGACAUUGAGAGGAUAGCACCGUUAGAGGAAGGAGCUCUUCCACAUCACCUGGCUGAAAGUCAGAAACACACCCGUGGAGAUGGCUCCAGGCCUGUGUGGCUCCAAAUUGCAGAGUCAGCAUACAGGUUUACUCUGGGCUCCAUCGCCGGAGCUACGGGAGCAACGGCGGUGUAUCCAAUCGACUUGGUAAAGACUCGAAUGCAGAACCAAAGGUCCACAGGAUCCUUUGUUGGGGAGCUGAUGUACAAAAACAGCUUUGACUGUGCGAAAAAGGUCCUCCGCUAUGAGGGUUUCUUUGGCUUUUACCGAGGUCUGGUUCCUCAGCUUAUAGGCGUGGCACCUGAGAAAGCCAUCAAACUAACAGUCAAUGACUUUGUCAGAGACAAGUUCACUGAAAAAGACGACUCCAUUCCUUUAAUGGCUGAGAUUCUGGCUGGAGGUUGUGCUGGAGGCUCUCAGGUGAUCUUCACUAACCCCCUGGAGAUUGUGAAAAUCCGCCUACAGGUGGCAGGUGAGAUCACAACUGGACCUCGAGUCAGCGCCCUCAGCGUGGUCCGUGACCUGGGCUUCUUCGGCCUGUACAAGGGGGCUAAAGCUUGUUUCCUGAGAGACAUCCCAUUCUCAGCAAUCUAUUUCCCUGUGUACGCUCACAUCAAGGCUCAGUUUGCUGACGACCAGGGCAGAGUGGGGCCUCUGCAGCUUCUCUCAGCCGGUGCAAUUGCAGGUAUCCCUGCUGCCUCACUGGUAACUCCUGCCGAUGUCGUCAAGACCCGUCUGCAAGUAGCGGCACGGGCGGGACAGACCACCUAUACCGGAGUCAUUGACUGUUUUAAGAAGAUUAUGAAAGAGGAAGGAUUCAGGGCUCUGUGGAAGGGAGCUGGAGCUCGUAUGUGCAGGUCCUCCCCACAGUUUGGUGUGACUCUGGUGACGUAUGAGCUCCUGCAGAGAUGGUUCUAUGUCGACUUUGGUGGACAUCGUCCAGCAGGAUCUGAGCCCAUGCCCAAGUCUCGCAUCUCAGAGCUUCCACCCAUUCACGCGGACCACGUGGGAGGCUACCGUCUGGCCGCGGCCACCUUCGCAGGAGUGGAGAACAAAUUCGGCCUGCACCUUCCCAAAUUCAAGUCCUCUGGCGUGGUUUCCUUACAUCACCCCGUACCGGGCGCAGCUGCACCUGCGAAGACCACCUAGAGGUCUGACAUUUCCAUAUCACCUCCGUCAUCUCAAUUGUCCUUUUACCAGGAGCCAGGAACUUAGAUACACAGGCUUCGACCAUCAGCUCAGUUAUAACACACAUCCGCACACUCCACAAAACGGGGCUUUAACAAACAACACCAACCCCUUAACUCUGUUCACAGUGAGGUUGGACCCACUGGUCCUGUGUCAGUCACUGGUCUGGGCUCAGUGUCACUCAGCAGGGAGAAUGACUGUGUUGUAUCUGCAGUGACUGUUGGCUCCUGGCAUUUUCAUGCUUAUUUCUCUACAAUAUUUGUUUGAAGAUUCACUCUCAUGAGUAGAUGAUGUGAUUUUUUUUUUUUUGUCUUACACUCAAUUUGAGCAGGACUUGUUGCGUUGGACAAGGGGAAUGAAAUGUCAAUAUCUAGCACGGUGUUGGAGUGGGUUCGGUCCUCAGAUGGGCCCCCUACUGUACAUAUAGUAUAACUGCGGUGAUAAAAAUGUUACGAAACCACGCCAAGUGUAACUGUAGUGUUGUUAUGGCCAGUGAUGGGCCUUUGGUCCUGGUUUCUGAGAAUCACUCUUACUGAUGUACAAAAGAAACUUUUAGUGUUUUCUUUAAUGAAACCAGAGAAGAGAAUUAGGUAUUAAUAAAUUAAAUGUAUUUCAAUUCAGUCAUUGUAUUUUAUUGAAAUAAAUCAUCCAUAUGGGUUUAAUUUUA